AUGCUACCCAAAUUCCUCGCCGUUCAUGGCCUGAUAGUCGCCACCUUUGCAAUCGGGGACCCCGCUAGAAACCCAGUUGUUGAACUUGGCCCAGCAGGCACAUACAUGGGAGUCUCCGAAAACCAUGGAACUGUACAGUCCUGGAAAGGCAUCUCGUAUGCUCAGCCACCGCUUGGAGACCUUCGCUUCAUGCCCCCCAACCCACUUCCCCCACAGCCGACGGGGGUCUUUUCCUUGGCUCCAUACGGCGUACACAACGCGUAUCUGGGGCCGGGGAGCCUGGGAACCGAGGACUGCCUCAAGCUUUAUGUCUGGAAGCUCACUACAGCGAAGAAAGGCGACAAACUGGCCGUGGUUGUCUUUGUUCACGGAGGUGGGCUUAUCUUUGGAUCAGCUGCGCAAGAUGACUUUGGCGAUUGGGUGUCCCAUGACCAGAACUUCAUUGCAGUCAGCCUGAAUUACCGCCUUGGCAUUCUUGGUUUUCUAAACCAUCCAGAGCAACCAUCAGCUAACGCGGGCCUUCUCGAUCAACGCAUGGCUAUGCGAUGGGUCAAGGAAAAUAUUGCUGCCUUUGGCGGGAACCCCGACGGCAUCACUAUCAUGGGUCAAUCAGGCGGAGGAUGGGCUAUCUUGGCGCACUUGGUUCUAUAUGACGGGUGUCAUAAUGGUACUUUUCAGAAAGCCAUCGUCCGGUCCGCUCAGCGUGAGCCAAUGUUCAAUAUCAAGGAGCUCAAGCUGCGAAACGAGGCCUUGUUUAACCACAAGGGAAAGCUCGCGAAUGUGCCAACAAUCGCCGGAUCCACGUCCGACGAAGGAUUUGAUGGUUAUUUAGAUGCCCAUCAACGGAACCCUACUCCGAGAAAUACCACAAGGCUCGAUCCUAGCACCAAUAGGAUCACCAACCUGACCGACGAGCAUGUCAACAAGAUCGCGACAUUUUACAAGGUCAACGCCACGUAUGGGUCUACUGCGCAGGACAACUUCUUCUUGAAUAGUUUCAGGGCAUACUUGAUGGCCUUCGGCCUCUUUGGCGAGGUCGGAAUCUUUGGAAGUGAACGGCUAGUAGGUCGAUGGAUGAGUGCUAAGCAUGGGCCUCAAAACGUUUGGACAUAUCGGUUCAACGCGCCCACCGUCGGUACUAAAUAUGGCAAAUCACUCUACCCACUGGCACCAGUGCAACAUUCAGCCGAGAACUCCUACCUAGACAGUCCUCUCAGCAGCAUGACGAGAUUUAAGCGUGCCAUCGCGGCGGAAUUCCGCAGUUACAUUUCGUCAUUCAUCCGCACAGGAAACUCGAACACGUACAGGCUGGACUCUGCCCCAUUUUGGCCCUGUUAUGGGGGCCUUGGUGACUUUUUCAACUCACCAGUUCGCCUAGUUACUCAGUUUGCUUUUUCCAGCAAUACUAAUAAGACUUAUUCAACCAGUACGCAGAUUGAGGCGGCACAAAAGGCAGGCCUGGAGAGGACAGGCUACUGGCAGACAGAUGAAUCCAUCAGGUUUUAA